GUUGCAUCGGAGGAAGCUUCGUCGACAUGUGAUUCGUGGGUGUGUGUUGUUUUUUUCCUCGUUCGCUGCGACGACGUUUUACUAAAGUUGUAAGAUGGCGACGCUGCAUCUGCGGAUCGGGGACCUGGUUUGGGGGAAGCUGGGCCGCUACCCACCAUGGCCAGGAAAGAUCGUGAGUCCACCCAAGGACCUAAAAAAGCCCAGGGGCAAGAAAUGCCACUUCGUCAAGUUCUUUGGAACGGAAGACCACGCCUGGAUUAAGGUGGAACAGUUGAAGCCCUAUCAUGCCCACAAAGACGAGAUGAUCAAAAUAAAUAAAGGGAAGCGCUUCCAGCAGGCGGUGGAUGCGGUGGAAGACUUCCUGAAGAAGGCCAAGGGGAAGGAGCAGAAUGCUGAUGGCAAAGGAGACUCCAAAGGCAAGAAGACGCCCCACAAGCCCCUGAAGAUACUGGAGGAGGAUGAUGAGGACCUGAGCGCCCUAAAGGACCCCUCAGAGAAGGAUCUGACUGAUUCUGACCCAGAGCCGUCCACGGCUGAGAGGCUCGGAACUGGACCUGGCUCGGGAUUCAAAUGGGAAAGCAGUUCUGUGAAGGACGACCCUCAUUUCCAUCACUUUCUCCUCAGCCAGUCUGAGAAGCCGGGUUCAUCGAUGGAACCGAUCAGUAAGCGGCUGAAGAUCAUAGAGGAGGACACGGGAUCCACAUCUAUACAAGCAGCAGACAGCACCGCCAUCAAUGGCAGCAUCACACCCACAGAUAAAAGGAUAGGCUUCCUGGGUCUGGGGCUGAUGGGUAGUGGCAUAGUUUCCAACCUGCUAAAAAUGGGCCAUGUUGUCACCGUGUGGAAUCGUACAGCAGAAAAGUGUGACCUGUUCAUCCAGGAGGGUGCCAGGUUGGGCAGGACUCCUGCAGAGGUGGCCUCCAUGUGUGACAUCACCUUCUCCUGUGUCUCUGACCCAAAGGCUGCCAGAGAUUUGGUGUUGGGACCAAGUGGAGUGUUGCAGGGAAUCAGACCCGGCAAAUGCUACAUAGAGAUGUCCACUGUGGACCCAGAGACCAUCACAGAGCUCUCACAGGUGAUCACGUCACGGGGCGGCCGCUUCCUGGAAGCUCCCGUGGCAGGAAGCCAGCAGGUCUCCAACGACGGGAUGCUGGUGAUUCUAGCGGCUGGUGACAGAAGCGUGUACGAGGACUGCAGCAGCUGUUUCCAGGCCAUGGGCAAGACGUCGUUCUUCCUGGGGGAAGCAGGAAACGCAGCGCGGAUGAUGCUGAUCCUCAACAUGGUUCAGGGUAGUUUCAUGGCCACCAUAGCAGAGGGGCUGACUCUGGCCCAGGCCACUGGCCAGUCACAGCAGACCUUCCUGGACAUUCUUUGCCAAGGCCAGAUGGCCAGCACCUUCGUAGACCAGAAAUGCCAAAAUAUUUUACAGGGCAACUUUAAGCCAGACUACUAUUUGAAACACAUUCAGAAGGAUCUCCGAUUAGCCAUCUCCAUGGGGGACAUGGCCAACCAUCCGACCCCGAUGGCUGCAGCCGCCAAUGAGGUGUACAAGAGGGCCAAGGCACUGGACCAGUCAGAUAAUGAUAUCUCUGCAGUCUACAGAGCCUACAUUCACUAGUGUGGCUGUUCCUUCCCCUGGACCACACUUUUAAGUUUCCUCUUUCUCUGUCUAACAAGUUUCUUUUUUUUUAUUUAAAUUAGAGUGCUUUCAUUUCAUUUUGCUCAUCUAGCUCCCAGUUGGCCAACGCUCGCGGGACAUGAUUCCUUUUUGAGAAGCUGAUGUGAGACAGUAUUGGACCGUGAGGACGAAUUGAGUUACCGCACGGCUGCAGCUCGAGUGGCAGUGUAGGAAAGGCUUUGGUUCCGUUUAAUGACGGGGUGUGACUACUGUCUGGUUUCGUGGAUGCUGAGAUCAUAACGUUUUUUUUUUGUUUUGUUUUUUAUCUUGUUUUUGUGCUAAUUAACUUUAUUGUCCCUAAUGGUCAACUAAUGAUGGGCUUAGUUAUCUUUGAUCUCUUAUUUUAUUGUAAAUGGACAGAAUUACUAGACAGACACACAAAGGACUUGCCUUAAUAUUGUAAUCUCGAGUUUUUCAAUCUAGAUAUAUUUAUUUGUUUUUUAGAUCCUGGUGAAGUUUAGUCCUGCUUGUUUCUGUAUUUGAAUCGAUGUGGAGGCCUUAAAGUUCAGUCGCGUUUGAUGGAUGGUGAUUUCCAUGUUUGGAAUAGUUCUCAGUCAUAGUGUUUUUUCCCUUUUUAACACAUUUUUUGUUAUUUAAACCUUCUGACUACACUUUUAAAAAAGUUUAAUGAUUGGGUAUUUUACAUGUUUAACGUUUGGCUCCCAAAAACACCAAAAUGGGCUAAUUGUUUUUUUUUUCCACAACUCCUAUUUCAGCCAGGUUCUAUUUGCUCUCAUUGGCCAGCCUGAUUUUUCCUCUUGCGUCACUCUUGGAUCUGAUGCUCACAUUCUCAUUGGCACGCUGGCCACUCUGGGGCCUCUGGCUCCGUUUUACAUCACGGCUGUGUCACCUUCGCUUUAUUGGAACCUUUAAAGACGGUGGCGUUUCCUUUCGCCUGUGUUUGCCUGUGCUCCAACAUUGUGUAUCCCACUUCAUGACAGGUGCCACUGUUCAUUAAAGGGUUCUAGCUGCACAUGUGAACGGGGGACGGUCUUUAUUGCGUCAUGCAUGAGGGAACGCUCAUAUGAAAUGCCAAAGAUAUGUUUUCCAUUCUUAAGUAAAUCAUCAAUGCUGUGAGCGCUGGCCCUUUCUGUUACAUGAGUUUGAAGGGUUUCAGGAUAAGGAGCAUGCAGUUAGCAUGUGCAUGGAUUUUUUUGUUUUGCUUGCCCAAAUUUCAGUCACUUUGUUUGGGUCCUCAGUAUUUUUACUCUCAUGAACGAAGGUCUCAGAUCUGUCAGUUUGCCCUGUAUUAAAGUGGUUCAAGCAUUUGAAUGGCAGGACAGCUAGAUUAUACUAAGGUUUGUUUUAUUAUUUUAUUCAGCAGUGAUAUCAAUAUGUAUUAUGUCCUAUGUUAAUUUAUGCCCAUGCUACAAGAAUGACUUGUUUCAUGUGUGCUGCAGUUAAUUUGGUUGUAAAUCCUGGCUUUAGGCCUUGUGCACAUCAGCUUCCUGGACAAUCUAGGAAGGACAUGGACGUUAUCCUUUGACUUGACUUGGCAAAUAUAGCAAAUCAGUUCCUUCCUCCUUGUUUGCCUUUUUAAGGAGGAUGUCGUUGGUUCCCUCCACUGGAGUAACUACUGUACGUCAUCCAACAUGACCGGAGGCCACAGAACGCCAACCUGAAACCAGCUCAUCCCUCCAGAACAUGACCCAUGUAAAUAACUCAUUAGUCUAAGGAGGGUUACGGUUUUAUCUCCCGUACGGACAAAGCCACCAUUGAUGCUUUUGUCCUAUUCAAUGUAUAUUGUACAGUUCUGCAGUAAAAGGUUAGGAUGUGGGAAAUAUAAUCUGGUUUGUUCCAUUGAAAUACUUUGCUCCCAUUUCAGGAAGAGGUUUAGUGGGUUUGAGGAUAUUUAUGAUUUUGUGUGACUUGUGUGCUGUUUAAUAAAUUCUCCAUGUUUAAUGGCUAACAAA